CAAGCCACUUACUAUAUAUAACACCCAACUCUCAAUGUCUCAGGCAAUAGGAAAAAAACACCAGUAGUCUUCCGAUGUCCUGUACUACUUAACUAAAGAAUCAAAGAAACAAUGUACAAGUCAAAGCUUCAAGAACUUUGCCAACAGAGAGCUUGGGAGUUGCCCACCUACGAAUCAUCAAGACAAGGACAAGCUCACAACCCUCGCUUCUUGGCUACUGUCACCGUCAAUAACAUUUCCUUUCACUCUCCAUCUCCCUCUAAUACCUCCAAGAAAGCUCAAAACGACGCUGCUAAGCUCGCUUACGAGCACUUCUCCAUCUCUCGCCCCUCCCCCUCCCCCUCCCCUCCCGUCUCUGUUGCUGCAGGUUCUUUGAGUGAAAGGGCUGGGGCGAUUACUUGUCUCUCUCCUGGAGGUACAUCGCAAUUCAACACACAAGAUGCAAAUCGAACUUCCCAUAUAAAUGAAGCUUUGGCAGUUGCCAAAAAUGACGAGAGUUUCGGAGUUGCUGCAGGUUCUUUGAGUGUAAGCACUAGGGCGAAUAGUCAUCUCUCUCUCAGAGGGUCAUUGCAACUAAACACACAAAAUGCAAAUCAAACUCCUCAGGUGAAUGAAGCCACAACGGUUGCCAGAAAUGACGAGAGUUCCGGAGAUAUGCAGCGUUUGUUUAAGAGCCAGCUGCAAACCUAUGCACAAAAGAGAAAUUUUGCUCUACCUGUGUAUUCCUGUGAGCGGGUGGGUCCUCCUCAUUCUAGUCGCUUUAAGUGCAAGGUCACAGUAAAUGGACAAACCUUUGAGAGUCUAGAAUAUUUUUCCACAUUGAACAAAGCUGAACAUGCAGCUGCAAAAGCUGCAUUGAUGUCAUUGUUGCCAAAUGGAGUUGAAGAGGAUGAGUCUGGUUAUAAAAAUCUUUUACAAGAACUGGCUCAGAGAGAAGGUUGUGGUUUGCCAACUUAUAGUACAAACAAAUCUGGUGAAGCUCAUGUACCCACUUUCAUUUCAACAGUGGAGAUCGAAGGAGAGAUUUUUACAGGACAAGGAGCAAAAACUAAGAAGCAAGCAGAGAUGAGUGCAGCAAAGACUGCUUACACAGCUCUAAAACAGCGCAACUCAAGUCCGAGCCCUGCAGUUCUCUCCCCUGCUUGCCAAUUUCAAGAAGCUCCUCAGAGCUCUACACUUCUCACCCCUGCUUGCCAAGUCCAGGAAGCUGUUCAAAGCACUACGUGUCACUCUCUAGCUCACCAAGGACAUGAAGCUCUGCAGUUCUCAACUCCUAGCCUUCUUGCAGAUCUCACUGCAUAUCUUCAACAAAACAUCCAACCUAAAUUGCCUGUGCCCAGUGAACAAGAUGAGGAGGAUAGAGCGUGUUCUGAAGUUAGAAGUCGUCAUCCCUUCAUUGCAUCUUCAGGGCAAGAUAGUGUUUCAGCCGUGACAAGCAUUACAUCUUUAUCUGGCGUCGCCAUCUCUUCCUUGCCUAAGCAUGACCUGUCUUCAUCUUCUUUGCCUUCUGAUUCCUCCACUAGUUCAGCUGCAAACUCAAGCAUCGAGCAUCUUGUUGGAAGGAGUACGACAUGUCAAAGUAGGAUUAUUGUUCAUCCACGUGGGGCCACAGUGACAUAUCCUUCAGGCACCACUGUAUUGCCCAUCAGCGAUGGCAAUUGGGUUGCGGUGAAGAUACCACCUCAACCGAGUCAGUAAAUGUUUGACUAUUCAAGGAGUGGUGCCUAUGGUUUAUUUGCACAGAUUCUGUAGGUCUCUAAAUGUGAAUGGUGGAUACCUUUUAUUUUGAAUCGUGGCAUAACACCCCCAGUAAUCAGGAUAAUGGUAGACAGACUUAACUCUUAGUAACUUAAUACUAAAUGACUUCUCAGCUUA